AUGCCAGCCGAUAAGUUGAUGAAAGCAGAAAUUCCAGAAGCUCAGAUCAUCAAAGCAAGCAGCCCAUCAACAUUAAAUCCGGCGUUCAGUCUGCCUUCAUCCAAGAUCCCCUGGCUACCUGAUGAUGUCCGAGUUUUCUUCACAGCCAUGGCUUUGGGUGAUGAACUGAGUCAACCUAACUGCAUCAACUACAACCAUCACGAUUUUGGUCCGCUCUUAAGAGCUCUUCAUGAGCAUCAUGGUCGUGUUAGGCUCAUAUUUGGCUGA